AGUCUGCUCAAAAGAAGCAGUUGACAAUAUAGGGACAUCAUUACUCAUGGGCAUGACCCUAUCCAUUUCGAAUAAGAGCAGGUCGAGUAAGCCUCAGAAACUAUCACGCCUACCAACGCGAAGUGACCUGAAAACGUCUUCUUAACCAUGGGACAGAAUAAACGUGUCACCCUAUUCCUCACGCUCGGCAACAUUGCCAACGUCGUCGUCAUCGUCCUCAUCCUUGCUGCCAUGGGCACCGAUAAAUGGUUGAUGUACAAAGUUGACAGGACGAAGCUGACGACCACGCAACAAACAUCAUCAUCGACGGGGAUCACAGCGCGAUACUACCACACCCGCCACAGAGGCAUGUUCCGUGAGUGUUACCCUGGCAACGAUACCCUAUUCCUUGAUACGAUAGGUGGGGUUGAAGACAAGAACUGCUUCAAGCUGAUGUUCAGUGACAACAUCGCCGGUGCCAGUGACGCGUACACCUCUAUGUUGGCCCUGUACACGACCUUCAUGGCCACGUUCCUUGUGGGCGAGCUGCUCCUCGUCAUCUGCUACAUGGCAGGAUUGUACCUCUGCAUAGCAAGACCUCGCUCGCACGUGUGGGUCCCAACCAUCCUAGUGUGUGUCGCUGCAUUUGUUAUAGUUCUUGGGAUGGCGUUCUUCCACAGCUCAGUCUACAUCGAGGAGAACCUUGUCGUGGACCAACUUGAAAACCGCCAGCAGUUUUACCAGAAAUGGCCAAGCGAACUGAAGCGGGCCACAACACGAUACUUCAAGGAAUCCUACAUCGCUGCCUGGGUCGGGUUCGCCUUUGCUAUCAUUGCCGCCUUUUGCUAUAGUUUCGUUGCAUCAGAAUUGACCCGGAGUAGAAGUCCGUUGGAGAAGUACCUGCAGCGGCAGCCUAGCUUUAAACCUCCGAGGAGACCUCAACAUGCUCUGCGACCUGUAAGACCAAUGCCUGUCUUGACACUUGGCCGACCUGGGAAAAAGCCCAUGAAACUGAAGUCUUUAAAGGUCCUUGCCUCCCCUUCUUCAUACUACAAUCUAUAUUGACAGUGACUUCGUUGUUCUCUGGAUUAUUGAAACAGCACAUGUUAUCACCGUUACCCCCGAGCCAUGACAAGCUGUGCGUCAGUUACUAGUUUGUGUUACAACAGUGAAACCACGUUAUUUCUGGACCCUGGCAGUCCAGAAACCCUCCGUUGUGAGGUGAACUGUCUGGUACGUCACAUUCAAGAGGACUUUACCCCACGGCCAUAAUUCGUUAAUCCAGAAUUUAUUUUCAGGGUAAUUUCAAUGGUAAAGGUGUGUCUGUAUUAACGGAGCUUUGCUGUAUAACCAAUGCUGGUAAUUUUACCAUUCUUCUCUUUACCUACUACAAACAAGGCUAUCUUCAUGGCUGGAAUUAUGUUCAAGACAGGUGCGUUUUGAAAAGUAUGGAUACUCAAAAUAUACAUACGGUUAUAACGAACUCAAAGGGACCACUAAUUUUAGUUCGUAAUAACCGUAGUUUGUUAUAAGCGUAUAUACAGCAUAUACACAACAAAUGGCCGGUUCGUUAUAAGCGUGUUCGUUAUAAAUGUAGUUUACUGUAAUAUUUUUAUGUGAAAAAAAUAUUCUGGAAGCUUUGUUCAAGCUUUGUUUUGGUUAUUUAUUUGAAAUAUUUUCAAACCUGUCAGUGUUAAUGAAACUGUUUGAACAUUUUGUUAACGAAAAAUCAUUCUCUUUAAAAAAGGACAAGGCAUGAAACCCCUGCUGUUAUCCAUGAAAGAUGCAUCCAUCGCUCACUAAAACCUGUGCGCCUUGUUUCAUAUAGGGGGCGGUCGGGUGGCCUAGUGGUUAAAGCGUUUGCUCGUCACGCCGAAGACCCGGGUUCGAUUCCCGACAUGAGUACAAUGUGUGAAGCCCAUUUGUGGUGUCCCCCGCCGUGAUAUUGCUGGAAUAUUGCUAAAAGCGGCGUAAAACCAUACUCACUCACUGUUUCAUAUAGAAUAUCAUAUUGUCCUUUUUGCAGUUACAAUAUCAGCAUUUGUUUCAUGGUUAUAUUUUGAGUUUAUUUAGGUUUGGCGAACAUUUAGUAUCAUCACUAUUUGAUAGUGAUUCGUAAAUAUUGAACAUCAACGCCAUAGAAUAAUCUGUCUCGAUAAUCGGCCCAUACUGCCUCCAUAUGGUGUAAAGAAAAUCAGUGAUGCCACCAAGUGUUCCAGAAAAGGGAAAGCAUGCCCAGCUCUACGUGUAGGACCCGCCAUUCACACAAUUUGCAAAAAAAGUAUAUGUUAACACAUCCUUCUGAUAUAGUCGGAAUCGCACAAUAUUUCUAAAAGCGUCAUAAAACCAUACUCACUCACUCUUAAAAUAUAUUUUAACGUCACGUUCAUUUUAGACAUUGUCACAAAUACUUACCUCAAAUGUUAUAUUUAUUAUUAUUUUAUUUAUAUCCAUAUUAAUAUCAAUAGUAUAAUUUCAACGUGUUUGAUACAUAGACAUGCUAUAAAUAGCAUGUGUUGAUAUAUAGAUAUGAUAAAAUCAUGUGUAGAUAUAUAGAUAUAAUGUAAUCAAAUGUUGAUUUAUAGAUAUGAUAUAAACAUGUGUUGAUAUGUU